AUGGAUAAAUACGCAGCAAAAGGUCGUGUUUCUUCUGGUAGUGAAAUGAAGGCUUCGUCAACUCCGGAUAAAACCGAAAAACAUUUACCCCGUACAGAUACUGCGCCAAUGAAAAUGGUCAAACCUAACAAAACUCGGGUUGAGAAACCCUUGACUCCUCCAGAAGAGAGACGUUCCGUAAGUUUUGACCUUUCCACUUUAACUUUGACCGAUCCCAAGGGUAAUAUGGAUGUGGAUGCAAUCGCUACUUCUCCCUGCGAGUCCAUUGAUAUUCCUGCACGUGAAUUGUCUCAGGACAUUAUGGUCGCAUUGGUGGAACGUGAUACCGAAAUGAGGGACCUAUUUAUUCGGAACCAAGAUUUCUUUGAUAUGGUUAAACAAAGUACUUUUGAGGAUGAUGAUGCAUGGAACGAAUUCCUUGAACUUUUAUAUUCAAAACGUGAGGACAACCCCGAUUCGGAAUGGAUGAAUUCGAUUUCGGAAUCUCUCUCUGCAAAUCCGUCCCUUCUUGUCACUUUUAAACAAAUUAUUGGGUUUUAUGACGAUGAUGAUACCAUACAAGAAUUUGAAGGUUCUUGUUCUCCCGAAAUGUCUAGCACGAUAAAUGAUGAAGCUAUUAUUGAUAUCACCCCGAUACGUAGUUUUCCAAAGAUAAUGGAGAACUUUGAAAUAUCUUACCCGCAAUUCUUCAUUAAUGCUAAAAAUAUCCUUGGUAAAGAGAGACAACGAAGGGGAAGCGUGUUGGGUGGUAAUCAUUUAUUAGAUAAUGAUAACCCAAACAUUGAAAGUCAUUCUCCGGAAUCAUCUUCGGAAACGCUUUACGAAGAAUUUAAACGCAUCCUACUUACUCCUCGAAGUGAUAUGGAUGAUAAUGAAUGGGAAACCGCCAUUUAUGAAUGUUUAGAUCCUUGGCCACAACUUAUCAUGCAAUUAGAAGAUAUUAUUCUCUAUGAAAUCUCUGAAGAAUAA